AUGAAGGUUUCCUUCUCCCUCAACAAAUCCAAGCCGGCCCCAAAAGCAGAUCCACCGUCACUCAAGCGGUCGGCCGUAUUUGCCUCGCUCGACGACGAUGGGCCCGUCGACGCUGCGCCCACCGCAUCCUCGUCGAAUCCUAAUGUUGCGCCGAACAAACAGCUAAUGGCGUUCGGUGCCGAGUCGUCCAAGGCCGCCAGGAAGCGCAUGGAAACCGAGAAGAAAGUGGACGCUAGUGUAUAUGAAUACGAUGAGAUCUGGGACAAGAUGCAGGAGGCGAAGCAGAAACAGAAAGAGGCCAAAGAAAUAGAUGCCAAGACUCGGAAACCCAAAUACAUCGAUGGUCUACUAAACGCCGCUGCCACAAGGAAACUCGACCACCUGCGCGCCGAAGAAAAGCUGAUGCAGCGUGAACGUGAGGCCGAAGGUGAUGAGUUCAAUGACAAGGAAGCGUUCGUUACACAAGCCUAUAAGGAUCAGAUGGCUGAAGUACGUAAGGCCGAAGAGGAGGAGAAGCUCAGAGAAGCCAUGCAGAAAAAGAAGGGAGGCGCUUCGACCGGAAUGGCUCACUUCUAUCGCAAACUGUUGGAGGAAUCCGAACAGAACCACGAAGCUACGGUUGCAGCAACACAAAAGCCCGUCAUUGGUCCACAGGCUCCGCCACCGAAUCUCACAAUCACGAAGCCACCCGAUUUUACGCCGAAGUCAGAUGUGGAGCUCGCCCGCGUGGCUCGAGAACAGGGUAAAGACGUCGAGUUAAAUGAUGACAAUCAAAUCGUAGACAAGCGUGAACUCCUCAGCGCCGGACUUAACUUGGCUUUGCCUAAUACUCGGCGAUUAGGCGCCCGGACGCAGUCAUCUGAGAAGGCGGAUGGCACCGAACAGGUGGAGGUGCAUCGCGCAGUUGGAACUGCGGCUAGCAGGAAAGAGAUUAACCAGAGGCGGGCGCGCGAGAUACAGGUUCAAAUGGAGGCAGAGCAGGAACGCUUAGCAAGGGAGAAGCAAAGGGCGGAAGAGGAAGCGACUAAGAGAAUAGUAGCGCGUCGGAACGACGAGAAAGACGUCCAGAGCGCGCGCGAACGUUACCUUCAGCGGAAAAGGCAAAGGUUGGAAGAACCACCUCAUGACCCCGACACCUAG